GACUUUCGCUCGUUUUUAUUCUAAAGAGUACAUUGCAGCUCUAUUCUCCGAUACGAAAUUCACGCGAGUUCGACGCUACCGAGGCGGGCUCAGCGACGACAGUGUUGCGUCGCCGGCUGGACCUCGGAGGCCCUUCUCGAAAGACUCUCGGGACAAAUAGGACGUACAUCGAGAACGAGAACAACACGAGUGGUAGAGACAGACCUCCGCGAGGUCAAUGAGUAACCAGGGAGCGGAAAGAUGGCGACCAAUGGCCAUCUCGAAUCCCUCAACUCGUUUGCGAAUGGCUCGUACGAUGCCCCAUUGGGUGAUGGAACAGCAACAGCAGCAGCAGCAGCAGCCAGGAAAAUCGACGCAGGAAGGUUCAUCGGGAUCCCGACGAGUACCGACGCCCCCAAGAUCGCCGCCACCUUCGUUGACCGGAGAUUGUGGUGACCCGGAUUACGAGGUCAUCGAGUUUCCGGUCCGAUCGCAGAACUCCACGAACCCGAACAUAUCGAGAAGCCCGUUAUCAACGGCAGCGAAAAGCUCAAGCUCCGAGCUGAAGAACGCCUCGGUGGUAUCAUCGAACAACUCGAACGCUCAAAAAUGCGCUCUCUGUGGCACAAAGAAUUUAUUCGCUCGAUGCGACACGUGCAAAGAGUUUUAUUGCGAGACUUGCGACGACGUUAAUCACAAACAUCCCAAAAGACGAGGCCACACGCGUCGCAGGAUCGUAAUACAGUCGCAGGAAAAAUCUGGAGCGAUGAGCCAAGACGGAGGUUUCAGGACGCGACCGCCUCUACCACCAAAAGGCGAGGCUCACGCUAAUCCACCGCCCGUUCCGCCACCACGAAGAAAUCGUAGAAACACUCAGGGAAGAUCGUCGAUAAAUCAGGAGAUUGCGAAGCAAGUUUCGUUGAACGAUAAGCACGGGAGUAUGAAAAGAACAAGUUCGAGUAUGCAGACCAGGCCGCUGCCGUCGACGCCGAAUUCAUCGUCAACAUUGACCUCGACGAGGUCGGCACAGUCUCUCGUUAAUCCUGCGACUCCAGAGUCCUCGGGAAUGGACAAAAUGUCAACUCUUCAAGAACGAUAUCGAAGGUAUCAGGAAGCUAUGAGGGCUCAGGAUGCCAAUCGAAGAAGAUUGCCGAAUUCACCUCACCCGGAGAACAACAAAGACACGAUGACCGUUCCCAGGCCAUUGAGUCUCACGAGUCCGAGAAAUAGCUUCACCGCAUCACCCACUCCACCCCCACCUCCACCCAGAAACAUGAUGCAGUCUGCCAGCGUGUGCGAUUUGUCAUCACCCCAUAUUUGGAACCCCGCUGCUAUGCAACAGGCCCAAUCUGUGGCACACCUAGGGCCCAGAGGAAUGCCCAUGAUUUGGUACCCACCGGUAAAUCCUUGGGACGCACCCGUCGGAGGUUCGACCAUGAGUCUAAAUCAUCCGCCGAUCCAAUGGGCCUAUCCGAUGGGCUACAGUUCCCAACAAAUGCUCCCACCACAUUAUCCUGGAAAUUUAUCACGAGGGCACAGUCCAGCACGCAGUGUCAAAUCGGGCAGACGGAGUCGAGCUCCCUCUCCUUCGCCCAGCUUGAAAUCAAGAAAAUCUCUCGCUUCUCGAUCUCGGUCGCGGAGAUCACCGGAUUCUCACUCGGACGCGAGCUCCGAAGAAUCGGAUGACUCGUCCGAUUUUGAUGAUCGGCUCUCGAGAAGCUCUAGAAAUCUACGACGAAACAGCCACUCUAAAAGCAGACACAGGAUCUAUCAGGACGACGAUGACAACCGGUCUUUGGUGUCGAAAAGUCGACAUGGAAAAUGGCGUUCGGAGGAUCGGAUAAACGGCGCGGAUUCGAAGCGGUGGUCCGGCAGUUCGAUGGAUAAGAAGCGAGAUUCGAGCGUGUCAUCGAGAAAUUACGAUUACGAGGAUGUAGAAUUGCGAGGAGGAGGAGGAGGGAUGAGAUCGCAUCGGCAAUCGGAGACGGAAGACGAUCGUCGAUCGCGAAACAGGGCGUCGUCGUUUAGCGAGGAUUCGAGAUCGUCGUUGCGAAGAAAUUCCUCGGGAUUGGUUGGUUCCCGUAAGUCCUCAGAGAAGUUCGAUUCCCGGGAGGGACGCAAUCGAUCGAGGCAGCAAUCAGAAACGGAAGAGGAUCGUAAGUCGAUCGGGCGAAGUUCAAAAUUGGACGAUUUAACGACGGGUACGAAUUCGGAAGCCCGUAAAAACUGGUUGAAGAAUGAGAACGGCAGUGGAAGAGACCGAGGAAGAAGAAGAAGGAGCAGCAUCGAGGAGGAAGCAUUGGAGCGUAGAUCGGCAGUUGUGCCACGAAGCAGAGUCAACAGUUCGUCGGAGGAUUACAACGAGAGAAAUUCAUCCUCGAGAAACGUUCGUAAGAUCGACGAGGGGCUCGCUAGCUUGAACAGAAGGCCGAUGUCCUCGCGGAGAAAUUCGACGACAACGUCGGAGCACGAGGACGUUAGAGAAGCGAUAAAAAGUCGAUCUCCGGCGAGGAGCUUGAAGAAAGCACCGUCUUCGGAUGAGCCGGAAGUCAAACGAGAUUUACCCACGAAACCGGUCGCUGCGAGACGACAAAUGCCACCGAUGAGCCCACCGAAAGUUGUCAACGAUCGUGAACUCGAUUCGCGAAAAAAUAGCAAACUUUCGAGCUCUCCGAGCCCGGUGAUUGUCAAUGCAGAAACGGUAAAUCAAUUCAAAGCCACAAAAUCCUCUGCAAAAUUGGAUGAGAAAACGGUAGACGCGAUUCGAAACGGCACCGAAAUAACUGAUAUCAAGAAAAAGCUCUCAGAGCCUGAAGAAACGACGGAUAAUCUGAACGACGUUGGAGAAGAAUGGCCCUGCGAACACUGCACUUUCAUCAACGAGGCAAGAGAAAAAGUUUGCGCAGUUUGCUGCAAAACUCGUAGCAGCGCUUUACCGAGUCCAAGCAUCGAAGACGAGCAAAACCCCCCUAACACGUCGAUCUCCAAUCCCAGCCCCGAACUUCGCGACAAGCCAAUUGGGAGUCUCAUCAAAAUCUCCAACAGCGAGGAAAGCGGGGACAGUGCUAAUACCGGAAAUGGCAAAGAGGAAUUCAGUGCUGCGAAUGAGGAGUCGGAGACCGAGGAGGUUUUUGAUUUUGACGAGAAGAACGACUCGAGCUUGACGGAAACAAACAUUCAUUCAUCCUUGAACGAGGGCGCUUCGUCCAAAAAAAUCGAAUUGAAAACCACUUCGACAUCGACUUCGCCUAUUAGAGAAAUUUUUGCGACCACGAACCAAACGUCGAGUGCUUCAAAUACCGUACCAUCCGGAAGUACACAUCCGGAAGUUGUGCAGAAAAAAGAUGAAACUCCAGUCAAUUCGUCGAUUUCCCCGACCUCGAAGAGCGCUGAAAAUCAAACGGGAAAUGCAACUGCCAAUCACGUCGCUGUUUCCAUCGAGAGGGGCACCUCGCCACCUCCGCAAAGUAUUUCGACCCAGACCUACGACGUGCUGCCACUAAAAUCGAACCAAAGCAUGAGAAGAUCAAAUUUGUUUCUAAACCGUGAAGACAGCGAUUCUGAGGAAGGGAGCAGAUUCAUUAACAGCCCGGAUUUGUAUCCGAGACACUCGCAGCAUCAGCAACAGCAUCCUCAACAUCAUUAUCUCGUGCAACCGACCUCGUCGCAUUGCACGAGGAGAAAUUCCAUUGAUUCAACUUCGCAGCUCUAUUAUCAUUCUAGGGAACCCAGUCAGCAUAGAUACGUUCCAGAUACUCCGACAUCCGGAAUCAUUCAACCAAGUUUUUCGACUAUAACGCGUCAAGGACUUGAACUCGUUGAAUUAUUGCGGGAGGCUGAGAAGUACGGUUUUUCGGCCGACGAUAUUCAAGUUGCGUUAGCACAGGGCGCAACAGACCCUGUUGAUUGGCUCAACAGACAGUGGCCACAUCUCAUCGAGACUGUCCAAGUAUUGGUGACAACAAGAGGCAAAGAAAUGCCCGACAGUGCGGAUGACGUCGGGAUUCUUAGCCCUGGUGAGGCCAAAGAAUACUUGAGACUGUCAAAAGGCGAUGUGUGGUCAGCUGUCGCUCGAGCUAUCCAACAGAGGCAGAGAAAAUGCGCAGACAUUAUGACUAGAGGUAACUUCACGAUGAUCGAGGUCGUCAAAGCUCUUAACGACAACGCCGGUAACGAGGAAGCCGCGUUGUUGGAGUUACAAAAAAAUCAAUUGAAACCGUUUUUAAUGAGAAUUUGGGGGCCACCUUCGGGGGUGGAGAAUGAAGAGGCUGCACCUCGGUUGGAUGCAGCUGUUGCGAUCGGUGAUUUAACACCAGAAAUUGGGGAACGCGUACCGGACGGAUCGGAUAAGGAAGCGAAGAAGCAGGUAAUGUCUUCCGUAGUUGAUGAUUUCGUGGCGUUGCAGGCGAGCUUUCAACAGCAACUGAGGAGGCCGAGCGACGAAUCGAGCCGUUUGUCGAAAGGUGAUGCGUCGACAGCGAGCCUCGGUAAUAAUCCGAACGAUUUAUUCAGCAGCAACUGCGAUAGAAACAAUGUUUCUGAAACGACUAAACUUUCGAGCUCGACGACGAACGAAAUGGUCGUUGCCAAGGCGCUCGAGACUGCAACGAAAAGUACAUCGGUCACCGUGAAAACUCAAGAGAAACAGGACGUUGGCAGUGUCCAGAAUGACGAACUACGAUCGACCAUCGUCGCCGACGAAAUCAACGAUACCAAACAAACUCCAAGUGACGAUUCGGAAAUCCAAGGUCCCAUAAAAAACGAGACAUCCAACAUUGAUAGAGGCGAAAAAAUAAUGAGGAUUACCCAAGAGCCGUUGAACGAGCUCAAAACUGAUGCCCCGUCGGCUCAAUCGACAAUUUCGAUCGAUAAUGUUGAUAAAACUAAGUCUGUCGAUCAAGUAACGGUCGAACAAUUAUUAUCUGCCGUUAAGGGUCUCCCAGAGCAGCUGAUUGGACCUCUGACCGUAGCGUUGCAGGGCAUCUCGCCAAAAAAUGUUGCGGACACUGCGCCGAUUCCGACGUCCGCUCUAAGCGCGAAUGAAAAAUCGGAAAAUCUCGAAGUACCUAAGAAUGACGAUUCGAUUGAGAAACCGAUGGAAAAUCAAUCAUUUUCCGUAGGUGACGAUGAUCCCUCGAAAAACACGGCGAUCGAACAAUCCCGAUUAACUAAUAACGACGAAAUCGACAGAAAUCGAGAAAUAGCGGAAAAAGUUGAAAAAAUCGAGUCAGCGAACAAGACGACAAACGGGACGAAGGUUGAAUCAACGAUGACGAAACGUAGCGAGAUUUAUUUCGAAACUUCCGUUCCUAAGGUUAAAGUAGAAUCUUUGACGGAAACGAUCGUCCCGAUAACUAAAGCCUUUGAAACGAAUGGAAUUGGUUCGACUACCGAUAAGAUUGAUCCCAGUAGGUUGACCGAAAAUGUAGAAAAUGUCGUUCCUGAUAUCAACGUUGAAACGUUGACCCGGACAAUUAUCCCGAUGGUAGCAGCCCAAAGUGACAAAGAAAACUACGAAAAUAUUGGAAGGCCCAAUUUAAAUGAGUUCGUCCAAGAGAUUGAGUCCAUUUCUGAGAUUAAUUUAGGGUCGUUGAACAAAAAAAUAGUGAGUACGGAGAAAGCUUUGUAUCGGAAAGACAUUAACGAAAGUAUUGAAGAUGUCAAACCCAAUAAUGUUUCUGAGAACACGGAGAACGCUGAUACCGAAGUGGGAACGGUAUCUCCGAGUCAAAAAAUUAUCCCAACAGUAGGAGCUGGUCAGACAGUAUUUCAUUUGGAAAGCGAGCAAGUUGAGACGAAUAAUAACCCUGAAAAAAUUGUAAUCGGUUCAUUUGCCGAAGAAAAAACUUUAGGAAUAACCCAAAUCGAUGAAAAACUUGUAUCCGAGCCUGAAAACUUUAGCUCCAUAAACGCUUGCGCGAAUGAAUUCGGUCCAAGAGUUGCAGAUUCUUUGCGCGAAGAUCCAGCUCUGUCUGGUCGAUGCCCCACCACGAGUCUUGCCCAUACCUUCGAAUUGAAGGUCACUGGUUCCCCAACCGUAGCGGUGAACGAUUGUCCUCCCUCCUGUUCUGAAAAACCUUUCGAGAUUAGAGCCGAACUUCCGCGUAAAGAGACUCCAAAGUCGUUCCCCAGCGACAGAAGCCUUAAGCUCCAGAAGCCUCUUUCAAAAGCAAUGUGCCACGUGAAAUCGAGACCGCGUUCUCCGAUCAAACGAUUUUUCACGAAAAGAGUGCCCAUUAGAUCGAUCAAAAAGUCCGUUCCGGUUACGAGGAAAGUUGCGGUCUUGUACGGCAGUUUACCAAAAAACACAGCAACCACGAAAGCGAAAGAAGCGGCUGAGCAAAUAACUAAAAAUUCGUCGACGGUCAAUAAAACUCUUGAAGAAAGUAAGUCAAGGGUCCCCGAACCAAAAUCGCUGGCAUCGAAGGGUCCCGAGGUGCCUGGAACUUCGAAAGUCCCUAAGAAAUUAAUUGAAGUAACGAAAGCAGGCAGCGAUCGACUGGCUACGAAAAACACGCCGGAAGAUUCGAAGACCAAAUGCACUGAAUCAGACGUCGCGAAAGCAAAAGUCCAAACGAUCGAGAAAAAAACAACAAAUAUUCCCACGAAGAUCGCGCGUGAAGGAGAAGAAUCUGCGAAUGCGAAAACGCAAUCAGCUGAGAAAACGAAGAAAACGAACCCUGUUGGAUCGCCCCCCAAAAGUCGAGCAGCCUCAAAGAUUCCGGUCUUCAAGGGCACGCCAAAAGUUGCUGCUCAAAACGUCUCGGUCGCCAGUCAAAAAUACAUUAACGUCAGAGUCUCAGAACCGCCCAAAGCGUCGGGGUCAACAUUACGAAUGGUCAAACGAAUAUCGCCACCGAAGAAACCGGUUGCAGGACCACUGGCCGUUCGUCAGAUUAUCAUACACGAGAAUGUCAACGGUAUCGAAAAAGUCCAAACUCUCGGGGUCAAAGUAACUGAUGAGCGAUUGGUCGACGCUGAGAAUUCGAAAAACAUUAAAUUGGCGUCAUCCACGCCUGUCGAAAAUCCUGUUGGCGGAGUUGAUCGCCCCACUGCGAAGGAUGAUCUUGAAAAAAUAGCAGAAUCGCGGGACCCCAAACAGGAAGAAAAUCGUGCAGCCUCCGAGGUAUCCGAGGCGAUAGAAAACUGUCAGGACGACUCGGAGGCUUCCGAGUACUCGGAAGCCGAAGAUAUUUUGCCAGCUGAGACCCUUGAAAUUGACGAAUCAGAAGAUUCCGAAGGUCACAGCGUAAUAUCAGAAAUUUCGCGAAAUUCUAGUGAGCAAGACUCCAGCGACGACAUCACGGACGCGGAGUUGAUGCUCCAAAAAACAUUAGACGGUAUAAAAUCUGUUCUAUCGGACAGCGAGUCCGAGGAACACAGUGGGGCAGAGGACCGCUCCGAAGGGGACGAAAACUCGGAAGAUGCCGAAGAGUAUUCGGAGAGCGACGAAGCCGAAGCGGUCUCUGGCAGCGAUUCUGAAAUUUACGAAGACCAAGAAGAAAUAGAACGAGAGGAAGAGAAUGAGGAGGAAGCUGAAAAGGCGGAAGAUGAAGAGGAGGAGAGAAGCGAAGAGAGCGAAUCUGUGGAGGAGCUGCCAUCAGUGAUAGAAAUAUUGAUAGCCGACCGAGCUCCGAAAACGGAGGAAGCUGAGAUGAGACAUGAAACUGAAGAAGUACCCGGUGAAAGCAAAAAUCAAAAAGAUCGCCCGGACGUUCCCGAGAGCUCUUCGAAGAAGCAAAAUUUCGAGCAAUCCGCGAACGUCGAAACAGCCAAAACGAAAAUCAUUCAGAAAGCAAAGCUCGCUAAUGGCAAAACCGUGAAAGGCCUCAGAGUCAGCGAGCCUGAAGUAAUCGUCGAAAAAAAAAUACCGACGAAGCGUUUCUCGAUCGUUGCAAGUUACGUUCAACAAUUUGAGGGCGAAAUACCACGAGUAGAGAAGACAAAUACGACCAAGAUUCCUGAGCUCAAGCCGGAUAACUCUCCCAAAAACGAGAGGGAGAGAACAGCGAGACGUCUACUCGCGGAGGGACGAGUUUCGAACUACGACGAAGCGGAAAUUGCCGCGAGUUUGCUCAUCCUCGACUUCAAUGACAACGAAGCAAUCCAAGCGGCGAAGGAAUGCCCGAGCGUCGAAUCGGCCAUUGCGUUUUUGCAACAGGAGUGCGAACUUUGCACGGGACGAUUUGCAGUCAGUCGGAUGAUUUCGAUGCUGAAAUGCAUCCAUCGUUGCUGCAACGAUUGUGCGAAAAAUUACUUCACGAUACAAAUAAGCGACCGUAACAUAAUGGACGCCGUUUGUCCGUUUUGCAAAGAGCCCGAUCUCAAGGACGCGAGCGAAGACGAUGUUCUCGAGUACUUCAGUAUCCUCGACAUUCAACUCAAGUCGUUGCUAGAUCCACCGAUCCAUGAGCUCUUUCAGAGAAAAUUGCGAGACAGAACGCUCAUGAAAGAUCCGAAUUUCAAAUGGUGUGCUCAGUGCUCUAGCGGAUUUUAUGCAAAUCCGAAUCAGAAGCGCUUAAUCUGCCCUGACUGCCAGUCCGUGACCUGUGCAUUUUGCAGACGGCCGUGGGAGAAACAACACGAGGGCACAACUUGUGAACAAUUUGCGGCAUGGAAGGAUGAAAACGAUCCUGAUAAUCAAGCAGCUGGUCUAGCCAAACACAUGGACGACAAUGGGAUCGAUUGUCCCAAGUGCAAGUUCCGUUAUUCCCUGUCACGUGGAGGCUGCAUGCACUUCACCUGCAAUCAGUGCAAGUACGAGUUUUGUUGUGGUUGCGGUAAAUCGUUUUUGAUGGGUGCGAAAUGUUCGGUCAGCCCGUACUGUGCGAAACUCGGUCUGCACGCGCAUCAUCCGCGAAAUUGUCUUUUUUAUCUCCGCGACAAAGAGCCCGCACAGUUGCAACGACUUCUGCACGAAAAUGGAAUCGAGUAUGACACGACGAAUCCAACGUCCGAACGAAAGUGCAAAAUUCAACUUCAGAAAGAAACGCCGACCGGUGUCGUCGACGCUGUAUGCAAUCUGGACGUUGUCGAGGAUCACGCUGGAUUGUGCAGGAUCCAUUACAUAGAGUAUCUCGUGAAAAAGAUUAGAGCAUCAAGGCUGGAGCCAUUGAAAUUACUGAAUAUCGAUGAUCUGGAGACUUGCAUUAAAAGGGCGGGCUUGAAUUUGCCUGCGAAUUGGUACAAAAGGGAUCAGGAGGAUUAUCGUCGUGAUCUUGUCGAGGUGGUGCAAAAAGAAAUACCUUUGGAAUGAUCAUGAGACCAGAAGAAAGGAAACCGAUUGCUGGGACUCACGUUUAGACCGCUUAAGACUACGUUAGAAUAUUCUGAAUAACACAAAACUGAAACAAACGAUUCAUAUUAAUGUCUAAUAUCACAUAGUUAACUUUUAUUUACAAUUUAAAGAGUUAGAUUUAAAUAUUUGGCAAUACAUCAACGAAUCAGAAUCAAGGCUUCUAAUUUAAUUCUCGAACAUUAUUCUUGUUAUUCUAAAAAGUGAAAAAUUUUACUAUAUGUACGUGUCAGGUAUGGGAAUUGGAAAGAGCAUAGAAGACCACGUUUUUAUAUUGAAACAAUGCAUAUUUUGCCAAUUAA